AUGUCCGAUUCUGGAGAUGAACUGAAUGUCGACCUCUCCCAAUGGAAGCCUCGCACCGUCAACACCGCUCCUCAGCUACCUGCUCCGGCGCCCAGGACCUUUGCCUCAAUUAACACUCCGGCCACUGCUCCUGACACAACCAACCAUUUCGAAGACGACGACCUGGAUAUUGACGCCAUCGUUGAGGGAAUCGCCGACGAUGAUGAUGAUGCUCUGCAACCUACAGCCUCUACUCCACCACUCCUCACAACCACCUCAAGAAACUCCAGGCAGACCGUCCAGGUUGUCAUCACCCAAGACCCCACCUUCAAUCGAGACGACUACACCGACUGUACAUAUGGUGCCAACAUCGUGCGCCGUGUAUUGAAAGAGAUUGCGAAGAACGAAGUUGUAUACUACAAUGUCGAGUUCGUCGAUAGACACACGGAGCAGCUGAUUGCUCCGGCACGCAAGGUCUCCUUCAACGAUCUAUUACAGUACGAAAAUGGCCAGGAAGCUCUACAAGAAUACACAGAGAAUGCUCGGGAUGGAGACGACUAUGCUGAAGAAGAUAGUGAGGUCGAACAGAUACAGCGCCCACGACCUAGCAAAUCUGGCUACGUCGAUACUGUCGAAGCCCUCGAAAAUCUUGAUGAAGAACAAGACUACCCCUCGCGCUCGAGUAAUUCGCGGAAAGCAAAGAAAUACGACAGCGACUCUGAAGAUGACGGUCCGGCUCCUCGUCGUUCUGGGAGAGUUGUUCCACCAAACCUCGACUCCAGAAGAAUCUCGAGACGAGUCAAGUCCAUAUCUCAAGCCGACUCAGAAGACGAGGAUGAUGAUGGCUUCAUCCUACAGUCCGAUGUCCUUCCCAGCAGAAAACGCAAGCGAUCUCUGAGGUCUCAUAGUGGCCCCAUUAGCUACGCCGAGGGCGACGAGGAUGAACUACAAUAUGACAACUCCAGACCUCGCACCUCACGACCUACAGGGCAGGGUGUCCGUCAAUCUGGUCGUUCGACCCGUCAUCAGGGCGACAUGCAGGAUCCAGGUGUUAACGACAUCUAUCGCUCCGAGUCGGAACCACGACCUGUCGCCCCUCCCAAGCCUGUUGGAGCUCGCGAGUCCUUCAAGGACUUGCCACGAUCUGAUCCAUUCCGCGCUCGUCACAUUCAGCACUGCGACUCAUGUCAAAACGGCACUAACUUUGCCCCUCUGAUUUACUGUCAAGGCUGUGUUUACGCAUAUCAUAAGAGUUGCAUUGGUCACCGCGGAUCGAGAGAGCAUCUGGUCACCAAAGUUGGUAAGCACGACUUUGUUCUUCAGUGUCGUCGCUGCGUCGCAUUCCCCAUGAAGAAAGACCCUACAGCUCCAGAUCAUGGAAGAUGCUCUGACUGUAAGCAGCAUGGCUCUUCCUGUGUUCCUUUCAGAGAGCGCAAGACUCCUCAACAGGAGCAAAAGGACCGUGAAGAGAACAACGGCGAAGACCCUGUCUGUGCUGUGCCUCAAAAGCUCAUCAACAACCCCGGAAACGUCAUGUUCCGCUGCACCACCUGCUCCAGGGGCUUUCACUUUGAGCACUUGCCGCCAAAGUCAGAUAGUCUGAUGGAUCUCGAUAGCGAUGAUGUGGCGACUCAAAGGCUUCAGGAUUACAGCCAAGACUGGAAAUGCAAGGAGUGUCUUGAUUGUCCGGGCAAAGUCGGAUCGCUUGUCGCCUGGAAGCCGGUUGACGAAGACAAUUACGACCCUAGCUAUGGCUAUGACAGGAUUCCUGAAGAUGAAAAGGCUUACCUUGUUCGCUGGGAUGGAAAGUCGUACUUCCAAGCUGCCUGGAUGCCCGGUCCUUGGGUUUGGGGCGCCGCAGCUGGAGCUAUGCGAAAGGCGUUUGCCAAACGAGAUGAAGCACGUCAACCGAAGAUGCGAACAGAGGACGCCAUUCCUGAGGACUAUCUUCGUAUCGACAUUGUGCUCGAUGUCAAAUACACGAGCAUCGUCAACAUCUCGACAGAAGAGAUUGACAAGGCACGUAUCCGUGAGGUCGACACAGCUCUAGUCAAGUACAAGGGUCUUGGCUAUGAAGAUGUCGUUUGGGAGAAGCCUCCUACACCUGACGACGCCGACCGAUGGACUGAUUUUGUUGUUGCUUACAAUGACUGGGUGCUCGGUAGAUUCGUGAAACAACCCAAGCCACAGCAACUCAAGACAAGACUCGAAAAGGCAAGAUCUUUCGACUUUGCUGCCAAGCUCGAGAAAAGGAAGCAACCCAGCAACAUCACCGGAGGAGAGCUCAUGAAGUACCAGAUGGAAGGUCUCAACUGGCUCUACUACAAGUGGUACACGCACAAGAACGCCAUCUUGGCCGACGAGAUGGGUCUUGGAAAAACCAUCCAGAUCAUCUCUUUCCUCGCCACCCUAGUCCAGGAUUGGAACUGUUUCCCUUUCUUGGUCGUGGUGCCCAACUCGACUUGUGCCAAUUGGCGCCGUGAGGUCAAGCAAUGGACUCCUUCUCUGAGAGUUGUUGCAUACUUCGGAAGCAAAGAAGCUCGCGAUCUCACUUACCGCUACGAACUCUUCGCUCGUGAUAGUAGGGAGCUGAGAUGUCACAUCGUGGUCACGUCGUACGACUGCGCUGCGGAUGAUAGCGCUCGCAAGUUCUUCAAGUCUAUCCCUUGGCAAGCACUUAUCGUGGACGAAGGACAACGCCUGAAGAGCGACAAGUCACAACUCUACUCUGCACUGGCAUCUUUGAAAGCUCCCUUUAAAGUCCUCCUGACUGGUACGCCUUUGCAGAACAGUGCGCGUGAGCUGUUCAACCUUCUACAAUUCCUCGACGACACAUUUGAUGCUAGUCAGUUGGAAGAGAAGUUCCAAGAACUUGACCAAGCCAAGAUUCAGGAGCUGCAUGGAAUAACACGUCCCUUCUUCUUGCGCCGCACCAAAGCUCAGGUCCUUACCUUCCUUCCACCCAUGGCUCAAGUCAUCGUGCCAGUCUCGAUGUCGACUGUUCAGAAGAAGCUGUACAAGACGAUUCUUGCCAAGAAUCCUGAUCUUAUGCGAGCUAUCUUCCAGGGAGCAAAGGAGCUCAGACCUACAGAACGCGCUAGUUUGAACAACAUCCUCAUGCAGCUGCGCAAAUGUCUUUGCCACCCCUUCGUCUACAGUACAGAGAUUGAGGAGAGGAAUGUGUCACAAGCUGUCAGCCAUCGCAAUCUUGUUGACGCUAGUGGAAAGCUACAACUGCUCGCGACACUUCUACCUAAGCUUAAGGAGCGCGGGCAUCGUGUCUUGAUCUUCUCUCAGUUCCUUGACAUGCUCACGAUGGUGGAAGACUUCCUCGAUGGUAUGCAGAUGAGAUGUCAACGUCUUGAUGGCACCAUUAGCAGUCUGGAGAAGCAGAAGCGUAUUGACGAGUUCAACGCACCUGAUUCUCCAUUGUUUGCUUUUCUGCUCUCUACUCGUGCUGGAGGUGUGGGUAUCAAUUUGGCCACCGCAGACACAGUUAUCAUCCUGGAUCCUGACUUCAACCCUCACCAAGACAUUCAAGCUCUCAGCCGAGCCCAUCGUAUUGGUCAGAAGAAGAAGGUUCUUUGUUUCCAGAUCGUCACUCGUGCCAGUGCCGAGGAGAAGAUCAUGUCUUAUGGUAGACGCAAGAUGGCUCUAGACCAUGUCUUGAUCGAGCAGAUGGAUGCGGAAGAUGCCACAGACCGUGACCUCGAAGGCAUUCUUCGUCACGGCACCAAGGAGUUGUUCGAUGACGACGGAGACAAAGACAUUAAGUACGACUCGGCCUCGAUUGACAGAUUGCUCGAAGUUAGUCACAUCGAGCACACGAAGGCUGGUGAAGACAACUCCGCAGAAUCUACCUUCUCCUUCGCAAGAGUCUGGGCCAACAACGAGCUGGAAGAGACAGCGAUCGAAGGUCCAGAGGCAGCAGAGGUGGCUCCUGACCGUGACGUUUGGGACAAGAUUCUCAAAGAGCGAGAAAAAAUUGCAGCAGUCGAAGCUGCCGUUGCGGAACAGGCAUUUGGAAGGGGCCGUCGCACCAAAGCAGUACUGUAUUCCCUUUUGGCUUUGAUCGAAUAUUUGCUGACUUAUCACAGNACUAUCGACUACGGCGAUGGCACCAACCAAGAUGGCCCCGAUACUGUGGAAGGACCCAAAGACAUUGAUGAAGGCUCACCUGUUCGUGUCUCCAAGCGGGCACAAUUAGACGAGGAGAACGAUACAGACUUCCAAGCCGUCAGUGAUGAGGAGAGCGUUGCAGCAGAAGAAGUCGAGGAUGUUGUUGAUCCGGCAGAACUGUAUAUCCCUGAUCAACCAAAGACAGCGUCAAAACUGAUCAGACCAACCGGUAAGGAAUUCUCCUUGAAGAAAACCCCCACCAAACCACGCAAGAGUCCAAAGAGGACCAAAAGUGCGGUAUCAACACCUAANAAGAAAGCGGCCUCAACGCCCAAGAAAAAGAAGCGUGUCGCGACUGCCACACCUGGUUCAGCACCCAGGAAAGCUCAGACUCCCUUCACCCCCACAAUGUCCAAUGCUAGAAAGGCGAGAGAGGCACAGAUGAAUGUCCAACAGUACGGCGCAGCCGCAGCAGCAGCAGGUUAUAUUGAUCUCACUGCUGAUAGCGACGAUGAUGUGUCCAUCGUCGGCAUACAAGCUCUGCCGCCUCCACCUCCAUAUCAACAAGCAGAAGACGAAGCAGUGAUCUGA